AUGGAUUACUUCGAUGAGGACGACUCCAACCACAACGCUGGUUCAGGGGAGAUUGCCUAUCCCGACAUCGAUGAAACAAUCCAAUACCCAUGGCAGGGGAGCCAACCGCUUGCCCCAACGGACACCUCAGUCAUAGACCCUCGGUUAUAUAGAGGUCUUUUCUCAGGAAACGACUCCCAAGCGCCUGCGCAAACUGAUGAGGAGCAAUUGGCAGUUGAUGAUAGGCUUUUAGGGCUCGAUAACGCCAAAUCAGACUCUUCUUUUGAAGAGUCCUCCGAAGACGAAUCAGAAGAGGAGUCCUCAGAUGCUGACAGCCAAGGCUCAGAUGAUGAAGAAGGGUCACCGCGUCGGCGUCGUCGGCGUGGAGGUCGGUUCUCCGGCCGUUAUGGCGCUCGUGGUGGUAAAGGUGUCAAGAGAGGUCCCCGUAAGCCGGUAGAGCCCAGCCCGGAGUUUAAAAUGCUGCACUCUGAGGCCACCUCUGCUUUCAUUGAUGGAGACUACGACCGUGCCAUUGAUUCAGUUAAACGUGCGAUUCAGAUCAAUCCCGAGAUGUUUGCCGCCCAUUCCUUGCUAUCAGAAAUUUUCCUGGCCCAGGGUCACAAAGAUAAGGCAGUGACAGCACUCUUCAGUGGUGCUCACACUCGACCAAGGGAUAUAUCUGUGUGGUUGAAGGUGGCGAAGAUGAUAAUGGAACAGGCAGGUGAUGAUCGAGAGGCUGCACUGAGCGACGUCCUCUACUGUUAUAGUCGUGUGCUUGAUAUCGACCCGCAGAACCACAAUACCCGCUUCCAGAGGGCGGCGCUCUAUCGGGGCCUGAGUUACAAUGGGAGGGCUGUGACUGAGUAUGAGAGAAUUCUUAGGGAUAUUCCCCACGACGUAAGGGCGCUUCGACUCCUUACCGACACUUUGACCGAGCAAAAUCAAUAUCAGAAAGCGCUCGAUCAUUGGUCAGAGAGUCUACAGCAUUAUAUGACACAGGAUCCUGAGAAUAUCCCGGAAUUCACCUGGUCUGACGCCAAUAUAUACGUCGAGCUGUAUACCUACCUGGGUCGACACCUCGCAGGGCUCAAGGCUGCGAAAGCGGUCUCCCGGUGGCUCUUGGGUCGCAAAGACGACACAAUGUGGGACCAUUUCGAUGAGGAUGAUCGCGAGUGGGAUGAUGGUGAUUCCCCUCGAAGAAUCAAAGCAGAUGGAUAUAUUCCAAAACGUUGGCCGCUGGAGUCAUACGGCCCAGGUUUGCCGUUAGAAUUCCGUACCAAGAUGGGCCUUUUUCGUUUGAAGCUAGGCGGCCGGCACGUUAAUGAAGCUCUUCAUCACUUCCAGUGGCUAAAGCCAGAAGAUACUUCGGAAGGUGCCCUAGUUUACGAUUAUGGUGACCUUUUUCGUGAAGCUGCCGAUGGGCUUAAAGAAGCCGAGAUGUUCGAUGAGGCCCUUCGGUUCUAUAGACCUGUCCAGCACUCCGAGCACGCGGAUGUCAGCUUCUUCAUGGCCAUGGGAGAUUGCUACAGGGUCCUAGGCGAACUAGAAGAGGCAGAGAACUGUUACCUGACUGUUUCGGAUCAUGAUAAAAGUAACAUCGAAUCUCGAGCCCAACUUGCCAAGCUUUACGAGAGUAUCGGCAUGACUGAGCAGGCUCUCAAAUAUGUCAAUGAUGCUGUUCUCUUGGGGAGGCAGGAGACGAGAAGCCAUCGCCGACGGAAGGACACUCGCCUUGAAGAACUUGUUAGGGAGUUCAAGUCGGCGGACAUAGCAGGAGAACCUGGAGCGCUGGAUCAAGAUGGCAUUGCUGCUGGUCUUACAGACGUCCUCGGCGAGGGUGAGACGCUAAGGUCGGAGAAUAUACAGUUUCUCUACAGAAAAUUACUUCAGUUGGAGCCCAGAGUUCAAGCCGGGAAUGCCGAAGCCAUGGAAGAUUGGUUGGAUAUUGCAGACGCUCUACUGCGGGAAUUUCGUUCCAAUAGAGCUUUUUACCCCGUUCAACGCAGUGUGGCUUUUGGCUUCAUUAGCAAGACGGGUAAAGACCCCCUCAUGGAUGAAAUGCAAGAAAUGGCCAGCCGUCUUCAGGAGACAUUAGGUGUCACUGAUGAGCCUUGGCAGUCCACGGUCCCUACAGAUUACCAUGGCAUCACUUUCGACGCAUGGCUGGACCUAUUCUUGCAAUACGCUCUUGCGGUAGCAGGUCAGAACGAGACUGGGGAGGCAUAUGGCACUCUAGGCGCCGCUGCGGACGCGAGCAUCUGGUACCAUUCAAAGGACAACACCCGAUUGAUCCAUGUCUGUUGGUUCACUUGUGCACUCCGAGCGCAGGAUGAAGAGACUCUCGCAAACGAAGCGCGCUGGUUCAUCAAAGAGUAUCAGUUCGUGACAGAUACAUACCGCCUGUUUGCCAUGCUUAGCUGUCUCAGUGGAGACCCUCGUAGGUCUCUUUUCCAUUCCUCGCCAUUGAUGAAGUUUAUGCUCCGUCAAAUCAAAGCCAUCGACUUUACGCUCCCGGACAAUAUCACCGGGGCUCGUCCAAACAGAGGCGUCCGAGAGUCAAUAUACAAAGAGCGAGCAGCACUGUCAACUAAAGACGACACGGGCGAAGCUAUCCCAGCCGAAGAAAUGGACGUAGCACUAUUGGUGCUUUACGGCCACAUCCUUUACUCAGGAAACAGCUUUUACCCAGCACUGAACUAUUUCUUCCGUGCAUACGCCCUCGACGAUCAGAACCCUGCGGUCCUUCUCUCCAUCGGCCUCUGUUACAUCAACCACUCAAUGAAGCGGCAAUCCGAGAAUCGGCACUAUCAAAUCAUGCAAGGCCUCUCCUUCAUGCAUGAAUACAAACGCAUCCGCGAACGCCAGGGCAGUCUUCUUGUCGAAAAGCAAGAAAUGGAGUUCAAUUUCGCCCGCGUCUGGCAUACCCUAGGCCUAGCGCAUCUCGCAGAAGAAGGCUACCAACGCGUCCUCGACCUCGGCAAGGAAAUCCAAGCCCAAUCCCGAGGUCAAAUAUCCUCUUCAACCACGAACGGCAAGAACCACGACACAGACAUCCCAAUGCCUGACGUUGACGUCGACCCGGCUAUCAUCGGAGUGGCGGCGACAACCCCUUCAUCCUUCAUGGAGGACUUCUCGCGCGAAGCAGCAGUCGCCCUGCAGAACCUGUACGCACUCAACGGCGACUUCCAAUCAGCACGGGCUAUCACGUCGACUUGGCUCGUGAUCUGA